CGCGGGUUCGACCCCCGUCGUGACCUAAGAGCCCAGCGCGGGCUGAGUACCCUUUUGGCUUUGGCGAGGGAGGAGAGUCUUUGCGAGGCUUGCGCAUCAUCAUGGGAAUGUCGUGCCGCUACAAGGGUGCAAUCGAUAUCCGGCAUCUGACGAUGUAGCUUGAUAAUCGGCGUGAAUGUGGCACAGAGCGUGGCCAGGCAUAUUGUUCCCACUUUUCGCCUUCUGCCGACGCCGUCUGCCCUUCCGGGGACGCAAACAGGAUCUCUACAAUAACCAUUCAAGCGGGAGAUGCGGAUUGGCACAGUGGGGGGGUCUGAUUCCCGCAUUCUUGUUCAGCCUUGGACGUUAUACCAAUAUCCGGGAAACGAUCGCUCGCACAUGUCCCUCGCUCCGCUUGCGCCGGGGCUUAAGCACAACCGAUUGGGCAAUGAUGGUACGACUGGAGGGAUCCUCAUCGCGGUUCGUGAACUUGCACCUCGCAUUCGUUCAGCGGCACACCAUCAGGACAUUUCCAGCUUGGCAGUUUCGUCGUUCGCCUCUUGACAUCCUAUAACCUCUGCAUCCUCGUCUCCUGCCUCUCGCCUCUAUUUCCUUCUGAUUUCAACCUCGCUUCCACUGGUUCUUCGACAAUGAAAGAGAUCCUUCCAGCUAUACAUAAUACUCCACUCGUUACCGCGUACCAACUGUGGCAUUUCCAAAGCAU